AUGUCUAACAACGCAAGUCUCACCCCCAUCAAAGACUUGAAACCAUUUAAGACUAAGUGGCGAUGUCAAGUAAAAUUGCUACAUUCGUGGAUGCAAAACACUGGUUUUGGUGGUGAGACUCUUCAAAUGGUUCUGACCGAUGACAGUGGUGAAAAGAUAAGUGCUACGUGCAAAAGGAAUAACGUUUUGAGCGUCCAGCGAAAGCUACCUCUAGGAAAAUGGCGUGUUCUCACAACGUUUAGCGUCUCACAAGCGUCAGGCCAGUAUCGGCCAACAACCCAUCCAUACAAGAUGACAAUCAGUGACGAAACUGUGAUAACGAAUUCUGACAUCGUUCAGGAUAGCAUCUUCCUAUCUCUUGCUAGAUAUGCGGACAUCAUCGAUGGAACCUUAAAGACCCACUUGCUUAUUGAUGUUAUGGGGAAAAUUGUAAGCCUUCAACCAGUUCAAAUCGUCCAGGUGAAAGGACAGGACCGGAAGAAAGUUCAAUUUCGUUUGGUUGAUGAAAAUGGUAAGGACCUUGCAUGUUGUUUAUGGGGGAAAUAUGCAGAGCAAUUGGAGGCUUAUCUUGAACGUGAGGAACCACUGAUCUGUUUGAUCAGGUUUGCUAAAAUCAGUUUUUACAGAGGUGAGGUGCAAAUCACAAAUGCUUUUGAUGCAUCCAUUGUUUAUUUUGAUCCAACUAUGGAGGAAGCAUUACAGUUCAAAGAGAAGAUUGAGCAAGACGAGCUUCCUCUUGCUGUUAUUGAGAAUAAAGCUGGUAAGAGGGAAAUCGUUUUGAAAGAAGAUGACUGGAACGACCUUGAGAUCAAGACCAUUUCGGAACUCUUUGUUUCAAAUCAGGUGGAGAACUGCAAAAUAAUUUGUUCAAUUGAAGCUGUUGAUACUGAUUGGGCAUGGUUCUAUUUCGGGCACAAGGGUUGCAAACAUCGUGCUAUAAAAAUUGGUAACAAUGUUACUUCAAUUUCAAAACAUGAUGACAAACAACUUUGGUUCUGUGAGCACUGCAAAGUUAAAAUUACUGAAGUGAUACCUGUGUUCAAGCUCCAUUUGAUUGUUAGGGAUGACACAGAAACAUGCAAGUUGAUGUUGCUGAACACUGUUGCUAAUACAAUUGUUGGACAGGAAGCUGUCGAUCUGUGGGAUGGCUCCUAUGAUGAGAUUGAAGAUCCAGAACUCCUACCAGAAUCUAUCAGAGCUUUAGUAGGAAAAUCUUUUUGUUUUGGCAUAUCUGUUCGCUCUGACAAUGUGAGGGAUGGGGCAGAAACAUUUAAAGUUCUUGAGGUCUGGUCUGGAGAUCACAUUCUUAAAGUGGAAUCUCAAUCCGAGCCAAACUCAAUGAUUGGUACAUCAUCUUCUACCAUGUCUACUGGUGAUGUGCUCAUGCUGGAAGGAAACAGCCAUAAUGAUUCAGAAGAAUGCAAAACACCUUUUGGAAAACGCAGAGAUGACGAUGCUGAUCUACAAGACAAAACUUCCACUUCUAAAAAGUUGCGCACCUCCAUCAAAGUGGAAAAGGAAAAGGAAAAGGAAGAGUAA